UUUUUGUCCUUUCCGUCCAUCCGUAGUGCAACCAGGAAGUGGUGCAGGCGUAAUUGGCUGACAUUGAACGUUCAUAAAAUAGGUGUUUUAACCGUCCUUUGGAUUUAACUCGGAUAAAUAAGUAGCGAGUUCCCCAUGCUGAGUACCAAGCGUCUAGCUGAUGUGGGCUACCGCGUCUUCUCCGGGUCCAUGAUGCUGCUGACCCUGUACGGAGGCUACCUGUGCGCCAUGCGUGGCUACCGCUACAUGCUUAGACAGAAGCAGCUCAAACUGGCUGCACAGAAUCAGAACAUCGACCCUGAGAUGGUCAAGGACUGAGAACCUGUUCAUACAGGAAUGGCUGAGGAGGAGAGCUCGCACACGUUCACCUAUCCAUGGCGAAUAUAUAUUUUAGUGAGCGGAAAAGUUUUUUUUUUGUUUGUUUGUUUGUUGUAAUAUAUUAAAUUGAGUACAAAUUAAA